GUUAAUUCAGCCAUUACAAUUUGGAAAGAAUAAAAUUGUGAGAAGGUGUAAACGUUCCGCCAACUGAAGACUUAUUUUUGCUGGAAAUAAAUGCCAUUAAUACAACUCCGAAAAGUCGCAAGGCUUUGGUGAUUAUGAUGGCCAAUGCUGAAGAAGAGGCCAGGGAUGAAAUGGAGACAGUCACGAUAAAAGAGGAAACUGUAGAGGAUGAUAUUUCAGCGGAAAUCUUGGAGCAAUGCCUUCUGGAAGACAAAGACUUCAGUGGCAAAUAUAAUAAUAUCCAAAACUUAUCCUGUAGAAGAUCCUGUAGAGGCCAGCAAGCACUGGACAAACACUUGCUUGAGAAACACUGGUCUAGUUUUGUAAAGGAGGAAGUGAUGCAGGGGCCAUUGCAGGUUAACAAGCAGCAAGAGACAAGCCUGUCUAUUGUGAGCACCACUGUCCUUCCUGGGGCCUUGUGGACAGGGGAGCAUGUUCUGACUUUCCACCACUGCCCGGAAUGUCACCAGAGUUACCAGUGCCUGAACAUUUUUACACAGAAAACUGUGUACCUGUCAAGAGUACAGUCUGGCAUCAAGGAGGACCUAGAAGGGGUUGCAGAAACAAUAUUUCACUGUAUGAAAUGUGGGGAAAUGUUCCAGCGCAAGGAGGUACUGAAGGUACACCAGCUCACACACAUAGAAGCCAGGCCUUAUUCCUGUACAGACUGUGGUAAGACCUUUCCGCAAUUUGACUCUCUGAAACUGCACAGCAGAAGCCACUUUGAAGAGACUUUGAAGCAGAACAUGGUGAAGGGGACCAGUGAGCCAUGUGCUGUUAACUCUUGUAGUGAGUGUGGUAUGGUGUUUCACCAGCUCUGCAGUCUACGUGAUCAUGAGAAGACACACCAUGGGAGAACUCUGUACAUCUGCACGGACUGUGGAAAGAGCUUUCGACAGUCACGCAACCUGCAGCGGCACCAGAGCAUCCACACGGGAGAAAUGCCCUAUCACUGCAAAGAUUGCAACAAAGGUUUCAGCCAGAUGGGUUCCCUCAAGCUGCACUUGCGCAGUCACACUGGUGAGACCCCAUACCAGUGUUCCUUCUGUGACAAGAGCUUUAGCCAGCUGCAGAACCUGAAGAGACACCGCCGCACUCAUACCGGAGAGACUCCAUACCCCUGUGCAGAAUGCGGCAAGAGCUUCAGCCAGCUAGGCAACCUGAAGGCUCACCUCCGUAUACACACAGGAGAGACGCCAUUCUCCUGCUCAGUGUGUGGUAAGGGCUUCAAGAACAAAGGAAACCUCAAGGCCCACUACCGGAUCCACACAGGGGAGACCCCAUUCCAGUGCAAGGACUGUGGGAAGAACUUUGGCUGGUUGGCUGCCCUUAAGACUCAUCAACGCACUCACACAGGGGAGAGGCCAUACCACUGUGAGCGGUGUGGUGAGAGUUUUGCCUACUCAUACAAACUUCGCACACAUGGCUGCCAGGGCUGAUGGAGACCCCUGGGUCUGUUGGUAAGUACUUCAGAGAGGACAAUUCAAGAGAGGCUUCACUAAACUCAAUUCAAUCUGUAUGUUGUUAACUAUGUUUAAUGUGGUAUUGAUCUACCAAUGACCAAAUAUAACUUGAUUCAUAUUUGUAUGUAAUAACAUAACUUUUUCAAAAUUCUCUCAAAAAACUGUUUUUCAGUUAAGUCCUAAGUUUUGGUUAAGAAAAAUGACCCCUCUCACACACAUCUCCCACUGUGAAGAUCUUUUAGACUGACACAACAGAACAACUUGACAGAUUUGUGGCAGUGCAUCACAGUCAGCGCUGGCAAUACUAGACCAUAAGGCUCUUCCAAACACUAGAACAGUACUUUACGAGGAUGUAGUUGCUCAAUCUUCAUUCAUAUUUGAACGCCGAGUUUGAAAGUUUGAUCAGAGUUCUGUGAGCCAGGUGAGCUGGGCUGGACACAUUUAAUUUGCAUUUGUGCAAAUACAGAACCUUCAAACAUAUCACAGCACUCGCUGGACUGCACCCAACAUGUAUUGCACCCCUCUCCAUAGUGAAUAAAUUUUGUUCCUACCUAAGAAACAAUUAUAACACAAGAAAAUUGGUGACUGCGCCAAGUUCUCUUAAAUCAUACAAGCGAUUGAAGAACAAAUCUGUUCGUAUGACUGAUUUUUGCGUGAGGCCCAUUGUUCUAGAAUGGCAUUGCUUUCAAUAACCUUUCUUAUAACAACAUCAGAAUGUUCAGAUUGGAACAUUCUAAUUACAUAGUUGUGAUUUUGUUCCUGAAAGGGAUGACUUACUCACAAAUACUUUCACCUUCAAAUACUUUGCUGGGUUUCACAUGACCAGUUCAGCAAUGUCUGUUCAGUAGAUCCUGUUCGUUGUUGAGGCAUCUGUUAGUCUGACAAAGAUAGGUGUCCACCUGUAUUUUUUGCCUGCGCCACAUUAAAAGGCAUUUCCAUUUGCUGUC